AUGCAGCUGAUUAGUGGGGCCAUAGUGUGCCUCAGUGUUUUGGGGGCAGUAAAGUUGCUGUCUCUCCCCUUGUUCUGGGGACUCCCUGUGGGGCUGCUGCUCUGUAUGUCCUCGAGGGGUUUCUGUCAGUUCAUGCAUGUGGCUCUACGCACCAUCAAAAGAGACUUAAUGUGUCUGGUUGUCAUACUGCGAGUGAGGUUUUCCAUGAAGAGUAAUCUGCGCAGAAGAAGUACCAUCCCUUCCCUGUUUGCCCAGAUAGUGACACGCUACCCCGACAAACCAGCCUUGAUCUACGAGGCCACAGGAGAGGUCUGGAGUUUCAGGGAGCUGCAGGAGCGAUGCCAUGCUGUGGCCCACUGGGUGCUGGCACAAGGCUGGGCUGAGGGGGACGUGGUGGCCCUCUACAUGGAGAGCCAGCCUCUAGUGGUGGCUCUGUGGCUGGGUCUCGCUGCGGUUGGCGUGGAGGCCGCACUCAUCAACCACAACCUUCGACAGCGCUCCCUGCUGCACUGCGUCAGUGUGUCCGGUGCUCGGGCGUUGGUGUUUGGGACGGAGUUGACGGAAGCUGUGUCCGAGGUGAGCAGCUCUCUGCAGCCCAGCAUGGUUUUGUUCAGCUGUGGUGAGCAGCGGCAGCAGCAGCAGGAGGAAGAGGAGGUGAAGCUUCGUGUCCAGAACCUUGACGCCCUGCUCGCCAGUUCGCCCAAACACCCGCCAAACUACAAGCUCAGGAAGGAAUUUAACGACAGACUGUUUUACAUCUACACUUCUGGUACAACAGGAAUGCCAAAGGCAGCUGUGGUGGUGCACAGUCGGUACUUCCGCAUCGCUGCCUUUGGUUUCCAUUCCUUCGGCAUGCGACAUGAUGACAUCAUAUACAACUGCCUCCCCCUGUAUCAUUCUGCUGGAACCAUCAUGGGUGUAGGACAGUGUUUGCUCUUUGGUUUGACUGUUGUAAUCAGGAGAAAGUUCUCGGCCUCUCACUUCUGGGAUGACUGUGUUAAAUACAACUGCACUGUGACCCAGUAUAUCGGGGAGAUCUGCCGUUACCUGUUGGCUCAGCCGGUCCGCCCAUCUGAGGCGCAUCAUCGAGUCCGUGUUGCCUUUGGUAACGGCCUCCGUCAAUCUGUGUGGGAAGAGUUUGUCCAGAGAUUCAGAAUCCGAAGAGUUGGGGAAUUUUAUGGUGCCACCGAAUGCAACUGCAGCCUGAUCAACAUAGAUGGAAAGGUGGGGUCGUGUGGCUUCAGCAGCCGCAUCCUGCCCGACUUCUACCCCAUCAGACUGGUCAGGAUGCAGGAGGACGGGAAGCUGCACAGGGAUUCACAAGGACUCUGUGUACCUUGUCCUCCUGGUGAGCCAGGGAUGCUAGUGGGCCUCAUCAACCCUGCUGAUCCGCUCAGGAGAUUCGAUGGUUACGCUGAUCAGGAUUCCACCAAUCAGAAAAUAGCUCACAAUGUUUUCAAGAGGGGAGACUCUGCUUAUAUCUCAGGUGACGUGCUGGUGAUGGACGAAUAUGGCUACAUGUAUUUCAGAGACCGCAGUGGCGACACGUUUCGAUGGCGAGGGGAGAAUGUGUCCACCACAGAGGUGGAGGGAGUCCUCAGUGGCCUGCUGGGACACUCUGAUGUUGCUGUCUAUGGAGUUUCUGUACGAGGUGUGGAGGGAAAGGCUGGCAUGGCAGCGAUCGCUCCCGCAGGAGGCCCGUUUGACAUUGAUGCAUUCACGAUGGCUGUAAGGAAAGCCCUGCCCUCCUACGCACGACCCCUGUUCCUUCGGCUCAUGCCAUCUGUUGACACAACAGGUACAUUCAAAAUUCAGAAGAUGCGGCUACAGAGGGAGGGAUACAGGCCACAGGAGACGAGUGAAGACAUGUAUUUUCUGAACAGUCGUGCCGGGAGUUAUGAGCCUGUUACUGAUGAACUGUACAGCGCCAUCAUGGAGGGAGAGGUGUGUCUAUGAGGCAGGAGGAUAGAUUGAUGGACUGUUGAAGAGGAAAGUAUAGACUGUUUAUUUUAAAGGGAAAGGAAGAAAGAAAACACACGGAUAUAUUUCUCUACCAGUAAUGACUACAUCCUGAUAAACCCUGAUGACUCUAGAGACAUGGAUGAGUUACUGUUUUUUUGUUUUUAAUAUGGAUUGGAUUCCUGCAUCAAAAAGGCGUGUGGUAUGUGAUAUCAAUGAAAGAUCUCACAAUUCUCCACGGACUAAAGUACUUCAAGCUGUUUAUGAGGAAGCUGAAUUACGUAUAAUAUGUAUUGAAAUCAUUUAUAAUGCAGCUUGAACACAAUAAGAAGAAGGUUAUGUGCUACAUAAAAAAAAGAAAGCUAAAAUCAAUAUUUCGAACAUAUGUUAAAUUCAAGCACACUCAUGGCACGGAAUCUUAUGUAACAGCAAACUUAUCGAGGGGCCAUUGCCCAUAUUUGGCUUACAUCCUACAUCCCACAUCAGGCCCAGAUACCAUGUGACAUGAUGGCACUUCAGCGGUCUGCUCAUGUUUGCUAGAUCUGGGCCAAAAGUAAGCCAUAGCAAUACUGCAUGUCAACCAAAGGUGGAAUUAGAAUUAGUUGUGUGCUAUUUAGGCCAUAUUCACCAUUUACCACAUCGGCCACUUAAGGUUCACAUCCAGAUUACACCUUGACUAGAGCACUGUAUGUUGCCAAAAAAGGCCUACAUUUGUUUUGGGAAUAUUUUGACUGCAUUUUCUAUUUAACAAGUGAAAUGGCUCACAGCCCUUUUGUUGGUGACAUAAGAAAGCCAGAAGAGCAGCUUGUCUCCCUCAAGUGGCCCACAGCCGUAUGCUGUCUGGUCUGUGGUUGCACAGCUGAGAAUAGGAAUCCUAACUCUGGACCGGAAAGUUGGUUGAUUUAAAAACAUCACAGAGGACAGCAUUAUAUUACAUUACAUAUCAUUUAGCUGAUGCUUUUAUUCAAAGCUACUGCAUUCAAUCAUGAGCGUACAAACCCAGAACAACAAGAAUCAUGUUAGUACAAUUUUAAUAAUUAAUUAACCAAGGUGUAGUCCUGAAGUCACUGGGGAGCUUGUUCCAGCAUUAAGGAGCCAGGACAGCAAACAGUCAUGAUUGUGUUGGGUGGUUAGCUCAAGUGGACAGACUGUGUGAGACUUCUGUAUUGUCCUUAUUAUGAAAUAAUAUAUAAAUAUGAAUAAAUAAUAAAUCCAUAUUGCAUGGACUGUCAGUUCACAAAUGUUCACAAGCACUGAUGAUAGAAUGGUUGUUUGGACACAUACAUAUAUUAACCAAAUAUAAUGCACUGACUGUAUAUACUAUGUUCAUGUAAUUCCAUAUCCUGUAAAACACAUUUAAUAAAACAUACUGAAGCCUGUAA